AUGUCGACCUACUUGAUUACCGGAGUUUCGCGCGGUCUGGGAUUCGAAUUCCUCCGCCAGCUAUCAGAAGAUCCGGCCAACACCGUUGUCGGCCUCGUCCGGGACAAAGCUACAACCGAGAAAAAGGCCUCAGUUGAGCUGCAUGAUCGGGACAACAUCCACCUACUUCAAGGGGACAUAACCGACUACGCUUUCCUGAAGAAAGCCGUUGACGCCACUGCCGCAAUCACCGGCGGUGCCCUCGACUACGUUAUCGCAAAUGCUGCCUUCAUUUCCACCUGGUCCGCCUUCGACCCUAUCGGCGUCCUCGGCAAUCAGCCCGAGAAACUCGAGCAAGACCUCCUAGGCUCUCUCAAUGCCAACGUCAUCGGCAAUAUCCACCUCUUCAACCUGACCAUCCCACUCGUCCUGCGCGGCCACGCCAAGAAGAUCAUUGCCAUUUCCUCGGGCAUGGCAGACAUAGACGUCAUCACCAAGUUCGACAUUACUGAAUCCGCGCCCUAUUCCAUCAGUAAAGCGGCGCUGAACGCCGCGGUGGCCAAAUUCAGCGCCCAGUACGCCAAGGACGGGGUUUUGUUCUUGAGUAUUUCGCCGGGGUUGGUCGACACGGGAAACUUCAAAGAUGCCACGAUCGAGCAGCAACAGGCGUUAUUUGCGCUGAUGGGGAAAUUUAAGAAGUUCGCGCCUCACUUCACGGGUCCAACCACCCCUGACCUGGCCAUCCGAGAUGUCCUGUCGGUCAUCAAGAAGGCAAGUGUUGACGCGGACAAGGGGGCAUUCAUCUCACAGCACGGGGACAAAAAUUGGCUAUGAGCGGCGCAUUCCUUAGUCAUGUCAUUGUGCACUAGGCGGUAUCUCAAGCUAUACCGAUUGUCACCACAGGUACCACAGAACGAGGAGGCACAAAACCGAGAGGCAGUUUCAGAAGUGGCAAAUGCAUUCAUUAAUUAGCAAGGUGCCACAGGAGUCGCCAGUGAGUCACUGGCGGUGAUAUAAGGUACUGUUCAGCGUAAAGCGUCAAUGAGCAUUAUCUACG